AUGCUAAACAAUCCCUUACGCUCAAUCGACUCUCUCAACUUUCCCGGCAAAAAGACCAGCUCUGAUUUGAGUAACUCUACAAUCUUCGAGAACGCCAUCAGUCCGAGAAGUCUGGGUCUUCAUGGGGUUUCGUUUAUCGACAAUGUUGACGAUUUUGAGCCCAUAUUGGCCUACGGCUACAAUGGCAUGGACAUCGUACGAAAAUUGUCCGUCACUGGUAUGAGAUUGCAAUCUCGUCAAGUUGCCUCCUUUCUUGUCUUCAAUGUAUCUUUCGUCUAA